AUGCUGGACGGCACAAAGUGUGGCGCAGCGCAGCAGCACGACGGCGCCGCAGCUCGCCAGGCACGGGAGCGCCUCAUUGAGCUGUACGUUGUGCGCCCGGUCAAUCUGCCGCAGGAACCCGACAACAUGUUUGCAGCGGAUGAGGCCAACGCCAGUUGUUUGGCGUGGCUCUGCCCGGCCUGUAUGGCGGUGAUGGUGCGGCGUCCCGCCGAGGAAGAGACAGUGCGGGGGUGCCCGUACUGUGCCGUCCAGAACGGCACCAACGAGUGCUCCUAA